UCGAAAAAAGGCUCCCGGACCGGUAACACCGGCAACAAGCUAGAAUUCUCCAUAUUGAACUUCUUACAACACGUGCCUUGAAGCAAGGAUCAGCUCAACCAAGUACCUGAACUUCUGAGAAAAUUACUGAAAAUAUCUGACAAAAUGGUGCAUAAAGCAAGAAACGCUUCAUAUGUUUCCGGCAAGGACGUCAGCCCCAUGCGCAACUUCCAGCACAAGAGUGGUCAGGAUCCAAAGACUCCACCAAGGAUGCAGGCUGCUGUGAACGCGACAACAGUGUCUCCUAGUGCAGACAAGUGGAAGUACAAUAAAAUGAUAAUGAACGAUCGGGAAAGUUUCAACAAUCUUCAUUUUUGUUAAACUAAGUUUUUGUUUUGUUGUUGUUAGAGUUUAGAUUUAAGAUAUUUUAUUUGUGAUAAAUAUCUUAUGUUUAAGUAAAAAAAAGUUGAAAAGA